AUGCCGGUGUUUCAGCCCGCCAACCAGAUCAAACUCACCAACGUUUCGAUCGUUCGCCUACGCAAAGGCGGCAAACGAUUCGAGAUCGCAUGCUACAAGAACAAGGUGCGCGAAUGGCGAACCGGCGUCGAAACCGACUUGGACGAAGUGGUGCAGAUCGAGAAUGUCUUCGUCAACGUGUCCAAAGGGCAAGUCGCGCCAUCAGAUGACCUGCAAAAGGCAUUUGGUACGACAGAGAUCCCCAAGAUCCUGCAAGAGAUUCUGAAGAAGGGCGAGUUGCAAGUGGGCGAAAAGGAGAGGCAGCACGAGCUGUCCAAUACGUGGAAGGAUAUUGCGACACAGGUGGCCGAGAAGUGCGUCGAUCCAGGCAGCCAGAGGCCAUAUACCGUGGGAAUGAUCGAAAAGGCGAUGCACGAUGUCCACUAUUCCGUCAAGACAGGGAGAAGCGCAAAACAACAGGCCCUCGACGUCAUUCGACUGCUACAGGAGAAGAAGACGAUGCCAAUCGAGCGUGCGCGCAUGCGUGUCCGCAUCACCAUGCCCAACAAGGACGGCAAGAAGAUCAAGGACAAAAUCCUACCACUCACCGACAAAGUUGAAGACGAGGAUUGGUCCGACGAGUGGGAGCUCAUCGCUUUCAUCGAUCCAGGGGCGCUCAAGACGAUCAACGAGCUGAUUGAAGCCGAGAUCAAGGGCAGGGGAAACGUCGAGACGCUCAACUUUACCACCAUCCGCGAGGGAGACGGCGACGAGAGGCUCGAGUAG